AUGGAUUUACGUCCGGCUCUGGAGGCUAUAGUGUCAGGAAUGCCCGGCUCGUCAUGGACAAGUGAAAUGCAUUUGGUUGGUUCAACAUUCGUAACUGAUUAUUGGCUACGAGUGCAAUCAUAUGCUAUCAAAAGAGAUGAGGAGCAACCAUGCGAGGGACAAAGGAUCAUCGGGAAGUUGCAAAUAUUAAGACACAAUCAACGUGUUGUCAUUGCUGGAAUUCCCUUAGAGCUGAAGUCCUCAUCCGAACGCCUCUUUAUCGAGACAUUGUACGCAGACUCAGCUGGUCAUUGGAAAAUUUUGUGGACAGAUACUCUAUGUCCUGCUACUUUGUACUGCUCACAUUCCACCUAUCACACCAAUAAGAUGGCACAACACACGGUCCGUGCUGACCCCAUUCAAGUUGGACCGGACGUCCGCACAAUUGGCUGGGUGUCUGGUCAAUAUCAUCAAUUUCCCGUCAAACAGGGAGUUGGUUGCAGAUCGAUUACUUAUAGCUGGUGUUUUGUGGUUCCAUUGCCAGUCGAUAGUGUUUCACAAGCAACCGUUUUGCUGUUACCGCCCCAAAGUGAGUGCGAACAUGUCAGCCCACGCAGGUGUUGCAAUCACACAAGUUCACGAUUGGACCAUGCCGUUCAAAGACAAGGUCGCCACCAAUUCUCUACACGUGUGAAUCCAAGAGGUUCAAUGAACGAAGCAUCUCGUUACACAUUUGGUACAUCGGGUUCAAAACAAACGGAACCGGUUUUAAACACAACAAAUGCAAGUUGUAUGUCUGCUUUAUCACCACUACUUGAGCCAUCCAGUCGUUUAAUAAUAUUACUUGAAGAAAACCGUACACAACUAUCAGGACAGCAACUAAUCAAACCGAUUUUCUUUCGUGCAAAGUCCGAGCAGGACUUCAGUUUCACUUCGCGCUUCGUCACUGCUACUCCCAUGGUCGACAAUGCUAUGACUCCCACAUCAUUGCCUACAAGUAACAACAUUAAUUGUUAUACAUACAUACAAACAAACGAUGGCCUUCCAGCAUACACAAUUGGAGCAUCCAUCUCACCGAACAGAACUAGUGUGGACAAAGCGCCUCGUCUUUCUCUUCCUCAUCCCGCAAACUCGUGCCUUGAAUCAUCUUCGAGGGAAAAAGUUCGAACUGUUGUUCCAACACAGCACGGGGCGUUUCGUGACCACAGUCAGCCUGCGGAAUUGGACUCGUACAGUUUCGAACGCCUGAGAUCUAGUCAACAUCAAAAGGUCAACACCUACUUGGUUGAAUCGCACUAUCAAAGCCAGUGGUCGGAACUAACUGAGCUGUCUGCUGAAAUCGUUCACUUUUGUUCUGCAUCCUUGUAUGAGGAAGGCUGUGCUUCUUCUUUGAAAAUAGAGGGAGAGUCAAACUGUUUAUUUAACCUUCAGUUGCUCUACGACUUGCGUGAUUUGCUUAUCAUGUCUCCCCUGGUACGUAACCGAUGCCAAGCCUCCUAUAGAGGUGAAUUGGAGCAACAAGAGGCUAAUAGUGUUUUGACACGUAAUUUUGCUCUCAUUGAAAAGAACAUCGUUGACCAUCUUCAAAAACUGGGAAACGUUGUCACGUUGGAGUUUACAAGCAAGAUGGAAAUUGAUACUGCUGCUGCUGCUGCUGGGAAUCGGGAUAAAAAAAUCUUAUGCACCCUGACGAAACGUAUUGCAAAUCAGCUGUCAUCUGCGAGGAACAGACGAGUUUUCUUCACUGAGUUUGACCACUCAAACGUUGGGUCCUCCAAACCUAGUGGGUACCGGCUACAAAGAGAGGAUCAGCAUCCAAACUAUCCUUCUAUCGAUGUCGCAACUGUCCUAGCCGCCCGUUUUGCUGUGGAAGCUUGUUAUCUAGAACAAUACCUUUUGGACCCUUGGCUCCCAGUUCGACAGUGGGACAGUUAUCUUCCCGUGAAAUGGAAUGUCAACGUACUAACACAUUGGCAAAGUGAAGAACUUGAAAAUUGGCGACAAAACGCGCGGUUUCUUAAGAAUAAGUAUGCGAUCUUAUCGCCGCUGGCAGAAUAUCUUAGACACACCGCACCGGACAGUUUGAGAACAGGGACUCAGCACUCAAACGAUCCCAAAAAUUUGACAAAUUUAUUGGACGCGCUUCACCAGCAAGCAUUGGAGCGUGCAAUACAGCUUGAAUUCUUCCAACUGUUAUGCGGUCUCCCACAUGGCCUCAUUGCGCUAACAGAACACAUGAAAAGGGUUGGUGUAGGGUACGUUGCGGCACUUUAUAUCAUCCUACGUUCACUGCUUGAAAUUUUGUGUGACGUCACUACGGCGGCUUCUCAGUUGGAAUUUUCUUGGACGUUCGGUCUUCUCCAACCCCUCGAGAUGCUCAUUGUUCAGCUUCUUUUACUGCAGGAAUGUGACACUCAUACGCCUCGAAGUGUUUUUUUCCAACCACUAUAUUUCUACCAAAAUGAAUUAAUUACGUUGAUGCAGUUGACCGGUGGAGUUUUCUCCGAUCACCAUCUAGAGCAACUAUUGAGCAAAUCGAGUUUUACUAGCAUAUUGAAACAGACUUGUAUACGCGGUAAUGGCCCCAACCAACUUAACACCGAGUACAACUCAGAACUCGAACGACCGUUUGUGCAAGAGCAACUGUUAAUGCUUCUGUGCUGGAUGGACACACUGUACCAAGGACGGAAAAUUGUAGACGAACUUCUUCAACAGCCAGAAUCGGGACGCUGGAGUAUGGCAAAACUUGAGGUUAAUCUGCUACGAAUGGAAGCGUUAGAGAAACACUUAAGACAGCAAUGGGCAGCAUUACAAAUCGAAUCGCUUGUGGAUGACAAGGAGACAGUGUUCCCAAAAGGCAUACUAGAACUGGCCAAGCAAAUACUACAUAGUCGAAUUCAUUACCAUCACUAUCGUGUUUUAUCCAGGACACGGAGGCAUUGCAGACUUAACAAGCUGAUAAUUCAAAAUCACAUUGAACUGAGGCACUUGAUGAACUCCGUACGGGGUGGCCUGGACACAAGAGUCUCUAAAGACAAGAAAUUAGUCCUAAAAAAUCCAACUGCCUACAGCUUGACGGUGAAGAUGUUGGAAGAAGCAGAUUUGGCCAAGCUAAGCAAGCAAUUUGCGCUUUUGGAACAACGGUGCAACGAAGCGACGGAACUAGCAUCCGACACCUUGUUUCAUUUUCCUCUAGACUUAACGGAAUUCGGCCCAGACAAAUAUAUGUUGCAGCCUCAAAACGAACGUGCGGCAUCUCUGCUUACUCGUCUACAUACAAUGGGUUAUCUGUUGCUCGACCGAAAGCGAAUUCGUUCACAGCUUAAUCAUGCAUCAAAGCAACAUGAAAAGUUCCGCGAUCUCGUUCGAAGUUUAACUGAUUUCAUGAUUGGCUUAAGAACGACAGUCCAUCAGUUGCAUUCCGCCUUGCCUCAUCUGAUCGGGAGACAUCUGGAAGAUCUAGCAGUUGCUGUAGAUCAGUUUGAAACGACUGUCAGUCGGGAUCCUGAAGCGCAUUCUCAACCAUCUCUGACCCAAUACAUCAAGAUGGCCGGACAAAGACUGAUGGAAUUAGAAACAUGCAUGGAACAUGCUUCUGAGAUUGCGCGAUUUUUGUUGCUGCUAGAAAGAGGCACUGCGCUGUGGCCCACGUACCACCGUGACCGUACGCUUCCCGUCUGGCAACGCAGAGCCGAAAUUGAAAAGGAAUAUGAAAAUUCCUUCAUAGGAGGGCAACUAAACUGCGCUUGGGGCCGCCUGGCUACCAUGGGUGAUCGCCUUGGUCGGAUUCAAGCUGGAUUACCCGUGAGAACCGCCAGUGGUGAACACUUGGGUUUUACAAACAUCGCAGAAGACGAAUUGAACUCGUUGCAAAACGACUCGAUUUGCAGUCGAUCAAGGACUAACUUGCCCAACCCUCUGGAGUCACCCAUCGACAGUUCACCAGUGGACGCCGCAAAAGUGAGGGAGAAACGUCUAAACCUACGUGACUUGCUUGGGGAACACGCGUGUGUUUACCCUGAGUGUAAACUGGCCUCUGAGAACUGGGUUCCACUUUCCUGUGAAGGUUCAAAAUAUAAUAGAAUCAAUGAAAAAGCUCGGCAGUUAUUCAUGGAACUGGUACACUUCUACGCUUCUCUGCGGAAAAAGUUAAUCGAGCAGCGUCAGUUUAUCAGUCUGCACCAUCCUAUGGAUAGCAUCCAGCACGAAAAUACUCUUGAGUCCAUGACUCGCUCUAACUGGCUUCAAGAUAAGCAUUUGGUUCAAAAAUAUUAUGAAUUGUUGCGUAGAGUGGGGGAAUUCAGAACUUGCGAAUUGCCACAAGUUAAAAGGCUCAUGCAAAAAGCAGAAUCGCUCAGCUUACUUUGGUAUGGACAGUACUCUGCGCCAUCAGAUGAAAGAGGGAGAGAUCAAUCAACAGACACGUCGAAAUAUUUUCAGCCAUUCAUCAAUGAAUCUUUGGAAGAGAAUGGAAUUGCAGAAUCUCAACCAUGCUUAUUUAAUCAAGUUCGCAGUGUCACCAGGCACACCACAGAAUUGUUGGAUGAUGUGAAUAAUCCAGCCCCGAUUGAUUAUACCGUGGCCACAACCGCCACAUUAACCAAUGCAGUGAAUAUCCUGUCAUCUGGGAUCGAGCGUUUGCGUGCAGACAGAACACAGAAUCCCCAAGAAGCCAUCAGGUCGAGCGACGUAUUUGCAGCACCGACGCGAUCCGAGUUAGAUAAUGCAAUCAUGGGAAUAAAUGAUUUAAAGAUAUAUGAUUUGAGUUCAAUCAACAAAAAUGGUGUGGUAUGCGUUAAUGAAGCGCCGAGACGGACAAUAAUAGAUCUGGAGAGAAGGGACUCAAGGAAAAGAUCUCUGAAGAGAUCACGGGAAUUCGAUGAGAAUGCUAGUGGAGGGGGAGUAUGGUCGCGAUCUAAUAUGGCAUAUGACUUACUCUGCCACUCCGAUGAAAACGCUAAAAGCGGCCCAGGAUUAAAGUUUGAAAAUCAUCCGUCGCAGGUAUAUUUUAGCAGCUCCAGAUUUAGUGAGCAAAAUAACACGAGGAGUGGAUGUGGAAUCGAUGAGGAUCUCAUCUCGGUGUCAAAAAACGACCUAGCUUACUCGCAACCAAGUAUGGUGAAUACCAACAAGAGCAAAGCUGAUUCGAUUCAUAUAUCAAACAGAAAAUUGAAGAAGGUAAGACGAAGGAUAAAAUUAUCAACCGUAAAGCAAGAUGAGCAAUGCAUAGCUGAUGGCACAAGCUCAAUGAUAGAUAACGAAUGUGCAGUUUGCUGUGAGCGGUUUAUCAGUGAGAGAAACAAAGAAAGCGAAGCAGUUUGUAUGCAACAUAGCGAAAGUGUGAUGGGAGAAAAUAACUUGAGAAAAUGGGACAAACAAAGUUCCACACACAGUUCAGCUUCACAAUCAGAUGUUGAAGGGAAAUCACUGUUACCGUGGUAUUGCGAAAUAGAGGGCAAUAGAAAUGAUGACAAAAUGAGGAGAAGCAUCGGAGACAAAAGCAGUAGACAUGACAGUCAGCUGACCCAUAAGGCCACAUCUAAAGGUACGAACUUAACUGAAAGCACAACGCGGCAAAAACGAAUAAAGAAAAAAGAUAUUGGAAAAGAACAAGGGGAACACAAAGUUUCACAAACUGAAGAAAAGGAAAUGAGCAAAGAGGGUGGAAACCAAAGGAAAAGAGAAGCAAAUCAUGGCGGCAACAGCAUUCAAGAUUACAAAAUCAAAGAAGAAGAAACCGCUAUAGAAAAUGGACCAAAACUAAACAUGCAAAAAAGAAAAAACCAUCGGAGAGAAGAAAGGAAAACAAAACAAGCAGAACAGAAGGUGCGAAAAAACAAAAAAGAAGUUGAGCUGAGGAAAAGGAUGGAAACUGUAAACAAAGAAAAAAGUAUUGCAAUGGCAGAGCAAGGAGGAAAACAAACACAAAGCAAAAAAGGAAAACACUAUAAAAACAACAAAAAAUUAAACACCCAAGCAGCAACAGAGGAUAACUUAACGGGAAAAAAGGAGGAAAGUAAGAAGAAAAAUAGCGGCGAGGACGGGAACACGGCUAACGAAAAAACAUUACAGAUAAACCAACAAGCGGAAAAUUAUUCGCGAACGAUUGAUACAAGCAAGACGGAGGUGAGGUUAGAAAACAGCUGGUUACCAAUUGAGCUCGUCUCUGGCAAGGUUGCUGUGAAGGGUGCGGCUUCAUCGUCGGUACUUGGGAGUGGGAGGUUAUACAUUGGGGAGAUGCGUCAGAGGGACAAGGAAUGUGUUCUUCCGUUAGGACGAUCAUCUGUGGGAUUUGCGUUGGAAGACCAUGUUGGCAUUGAGCGCGUCGUGGGUGAAGUUGCAGGUGGAGCAUUGACGGACUCGACGAUACCAACGGUGAACCCGGAAGCUGGCGUUUCGGUCGAUGAUGGUCGUGUGAGCGGAUAUGUGGCGGAUCCUGUGUUGUCGGAGUGUGUGCGAUCUAACUUACUUGUAGUGAAUAGGCCUGCGUCGUCGCCUACAUCCUCGGGAGCGCGUGUGACUGCUUCAGGCUCGUUGGCAGACGAUGCGCGUGUUGCGGAGAAGGUGGAUGGAGGCAGAUUUACACCAGGAUUGCAGUCCGGAGAGUUGUUGUGUAUGUCAGCUACCGAGGCUGUUAAUGUUGAUGCUGGAGUUGUGGGUUUCGUGAAGGAAUCGGGAGGUUCAGACCAUCCUCGAAUGGACUCUGAUGUGCCAUCGACGGCUGCUGUGGAUAUUUCGGUGAAUCCAGACGAGAUGUGUUUCUCGCAGAGCCUUGGUGCAGGCAUGUCGGAGGUGAGGUUGGAAAGCAGCUCGUUACCAAUUGAGCUCGUCUCUGGCCAGGUUGCAGUGGAGGGUGAGGUUUCAUCGUCGGUAGUUGGGAGUGGGAGGUUAUACAUUGGGGAGAUGCGUCAGAGGGACAAGGAAUGUGUUCUUCCGUUAGGACGAUCAUCUGUGGGAUUUGCGUUGGAAGACCAUGUUGGCAUUGAGCGCGUCGUGGGUGAAGUUGCAGGUGGAGCAUUGACGGACUCGACGAUACCAACGGUGAACCCGGAAGCUGGCGUUUCGGUCGAUGAUGGUCGUGUGAGCGGAUAUGUGGCGGAUCCUGUGUUGUCGGAGUGUGUGCGAUCUAACUUACUUGUAGUGAAUAGGCCUGCGUCGUCGCCUACAUCCUCGGGAGCGCGUGUGACUGCUUCAGGCUCGUUGGCAGACGAUGCGCGUGUUGCGGAGAAGGUGGAUGGAGGCAGAUUUACACCAGGAUUGCAGUCCGGAGAGUUGUUGUGUAUGUCAGCUACCGAGGCUGUUAAUGUUGAUGCUGGAGUUGUGGGUUUCGUGAAGGAAUCGGGAGGUUCAGACCAUCCUCGAAUGGACUCUGAUGUGCCAUCGACGGCUGCUGUGGAUAUUUCGGUGAAUCCAGACGAGAUGUGUUUCUCGCAGAGCCUUGGUGCAGGCAUGUCGGAGGUGAGGUUGGAAAGCAGCUCGUUACCAAUUGAACUCGUCUCUGGCCAGGUUGCUGUGAAGGGUGCGGCUUCAUCGUCGGUACUUGGGAGUGGGAGGUUAUACAUUGGGGAGAUGCGUCAGAGGGACAAGGAAUGUGUUCUUCCGUUAGGACGAUCAUCUGUGGGAUUUGCGUUGGAAGACCAUGUUGGCAUUGAGCGCGUCGUGGGUGAAGUUGCAGGUGGAGCAUUGACGGACUCGACGAUAUCAACGGUGAACCCGGAAGCUGGCGUUUCGGUCGAUGAUGGUCGUGUGAGCGGAUAUGUGGCGGAUCCUGUGUUGUUGGGGUGUGUGCGAUCUAACUUACUUGUAGUGAAUAGGCCUGCGUCGUCGCCUACAUCCUCGGGAGCGCGUGUGACUGCUUCAGGCUCGUUGGCAGACGAUGCGCGUGUUGCGGAGAAGGUGGAUGGAGGCAGAUUUACACCAGGAUUGCAGUCCGGAGAGUUGUUGUGUAUGUCAGCUACCGAGGCUGUUAAUGUUGAUGCUGGAGUUGUGGGUUUCGUGAAGGAAUCGGGAGGUUCAGACCAUCCUCGAAUGGACUCUGAUGUGCCAUCGACGGCUGCUGUGGAUAUUUCGGUGAAUCCAGACGAGAUGUGUUUCUCGCAGAGCCUUGGUGCAGGCAUGUCGGAGGUGAGGUUGGAAAGCAGCUCGUUACCAAUUGAACUCGUCUCUGGCCAGGUUGCAGUGGAGGGUGCGGCUUCAUCGUCGGUACUUGGGAGUGGGAGGUUAUACAUUGGGGAGAUGCGUCAGAGGGACAAGGAAUGUGUUCUUCCGUUAGGACGAUCAUCUGUGGGAUUUGCGUUGGAAGACCAUGUUGGCAUUGAGCGCGUCGUGGGUGAAUUUGCAGGUGGAGCAUUGACGGACUCGACGAUACCAACGGUGAACCCGGAAGCUGGCGUUUCGGUCGAUGAUGGUCGUGUGAGCGGAUAUGUGGCGGAUCCUGUGUUGUCGGAGUGUGUGCGAUCCAACUUAUCUAUGUCGAAUGCAGCUGCUUUUGCCCCUACCUUUUCUUUUGUUUCUGUUCCUUUUGUACUUUCCACUGAUUCUGUUUCUUUGAAUUCUUUUCCUUGUGCACGCCUUGCUGAUGCUAGUAUUUCGCCUGGUUUGCAUUUUUCUACUUUUUCUUUGGGGGAUCUGCCUCGUCGUUUUUAUCUUAAGCGGAAAUAUUUAGAUUGCUUCGGUAUACCCAUUUCUCCUGGCUUUUGCCGGGGUGCGUCCUUUGAAGGCGUUUGCCGGAAUUCCUUUUUAUUUUCCCCUGAAUUGCUUCCUGAUUUUUGCGAUUCAUUCUGUUAUCUUGGGCCGCCACCUAAAAUUCCGCGUUCUUGUGACAAUUUGUUUACUUAUGUGGGCGACAAUAACGUGUCGCAAAAGCUGAACUUUGGCCGUCAAAUGCCUUUCUUCUUCCUGGAUGGCACCGUCCCCCUAUCUGGUAUUACGCAGUGGACGAUGUUUCCGGACGCACCGCCAUUGCCAAGUGACACACCAGUAUGUAGCGAAGAUGCUGAUGACACCUGGGCAACUAUAUCAGAGGACUUAGGUGCUUCAGAGGAGACAUUUUUCGGAGAACGUACAGUUACAAAGGCUUCAUCUUAUUCUAUCGAAUCUAGACUAGAUGAGGAAUCCAUCCUACCCCUUCAAGGAGAUGGAAGCAAACAUUUCUGUCGCUGUCUACCACCGAGUUCGCUGUGUCCCCUUCUCCUCUUCCUUCUUCUCCUCGCUCUUCUUACUUUCUGUAUCCUGCACCCACCAACCUGUUCAGAUCCAACGUUUUCUCUGUUUCGCAUCCGUUGUAAAGAACAAAAUAUUAUUUGGAGUUUUUUUACCCAUCCUAUGAGAGUUUUAAGAUUCGGCCGCCCUCCAUUCUAAGCUCAAUUUCACCUGCUACUUUUAGCCGUAUGUGUGUCCGAACCCCACGCCAGAUAUCCAUGCAUUUCCAUUCGUCGCUCUAUUUCCAAUGAAUUCUACACAGCAUACCUGUUUGGAUACUUCGGCUCCCUGAUUCUUUGUUUGUUCACUUUGUUCUCUACAUCUGUGAUAUUCAUUUGGACACUUACCUCCCUUACUCUAUCUGUUCCACCAGCAUACAUUUGUUGGCAAACAUUAAAGCGCCGGAGAUCCUUUUACAUUAUGUGUUUUUGCAUUUUAAACUUAUCAUCACAACAAACGCCCGUGCAAGUUCACUACCACUUUUUGUACUCUUAUUUUUGUAAAGAUAUGUACCUGUUAUCCAUACACUAUCAUCGCUUGCUACGGUACCGAAAGAACAUCCGUGAGUUGGACGUCUCGCUUUAUCCCAACCUUGGGAUGAGUGCACUUAAACAACACACACGCGGUUUGUUUCCAUAGGCUCCAGAUUUUCUACUUUACCGAUGAAUUUUCUUUACUACAAUUUGCAUGAUUCACAA